AUGGUGGGUCGCCAGCUGAAGGAUCUCUACUUUGACAAUAACAUUGAGCACGUCUCUUUGGUGUGGACUGACCAUGCUUUACUAACCAUCAAGCUGCGUCUUCAACUCAACAACACGGGCAAAGGGUUAUGGCGGGCCAACCCCAACCUGGUGCACUACAAGUCCUACUUGAAGAAGAUCAACACUGGUAUCAGCCACUUCAUGCAGACCAUCCUUGCUAACUCCUCAGAUAGCAAUCAGAUCAAAUGGGACCGUUUGAAGGGCUACAUCCGGAAAUUGACUAAAGCUUACUGCAGUAAGCGUGCCUCCUGGAGGAAACAGCGUCUCAACACUACGGCCCAACUGAUGUUCUCACAGAACAUGGAUGUGCUCUUUUGGGAACAUCGAUGUUCUCAUUUGAGAAGGUGUAGUUUUCCACAUGAAUAA